AUGAGCGGAAGCGCAUGUACAACGGCCAAGACACCUUGGAGGCGAACCGAAUCGCCCGAGCCCAGGAAAACAUGGACCAGCAGCAGCAGCAGCCCGCGGACAACUCGGCGAAAAUAUUUCAACUUUGAAAUAUUUUCGCCGAACUACAAUUACGAGUAUUAUUAUGACAACCCUGAGAACCAAACCGACGGCGAGACGACGAUCAACGACGCCGUCCUUUUCAACCGGCGCCAGUUCGAGAGCAGCCCCGUGCUCGUGGCGACCCCUCCGACCCCCGCGGCCACUCCGACCGUGGCCACCUCGGCCAAGCCCAAGAAAAAGAAGAAGAAAAAGAAGCCGGGGGCGCGAGGGCCCAACAGGAGGAAGGGGUUGCCCGCGCUGCAGCAGGCCGGCCCAGGCUUCAGGCAGAGGAGCCCUUUGAACCCUCCGCUGAAGGUCGCGUUCGCACAAAUACGCCUGCCCAUUCACCGUCCCGGAUUGAAGAGGAGGAGGAAGAACAACAACGACCAGCAGGUCAAAAACGGAACCGUCGUCAACGCCAACCAAACCAAUCCCGCAGUUCCUGGUCCAGGGAAAAAGAAGAAGGGGAAGAAAAAUAACAACCAGAGAAACCGGAAUAGAAACCGAAACAGGAAAAAUGGUAAAAACAAGAAGCGCGGCACCAAAAAGCCUCCAACACCUCCACCAGUGAAUAAUUCUCAAUUGGAGUACGAAAGACCGCCGUUCAUGGUCAGCAGGUACCCUACGAACAACUCUCCAAAUCCACCCUUCACCCCUGGACCGACCACAAAUGGCACCCAGGACGAUUAUUACUACGAGUAUUAUCAGGACCCUCCACAAGGCGGAGGAAAUGGCGGAGACAUUAAUGGAGACCGAUUCGGCCCAAGCCCUAAUAAUGGUGGCAAUGGAAACAACAAUGAUCGAACCCCAUUCGGGAACAACAAUGAUCGACCCCCAUUCGGAAACAACAAUGAUCGACCCCCAUUCGGAAACAACAAUGGAAACGGGCCUCCUCCUCCAGGAAUGCCCUCAAUGCCCUGGGGUGGAACUCCCUCAAUGGGAGGACCCGGAGGAAUGUCCAGCCUGAUGGGGAACCGAAUGCCCACAACAAUGUCGAUGACCCGCACCGGCAGCGGCGUUGAAAGCGAAUCGCUCAACUCUUGCCAGACCCAAAAUUUCAACGACGCUUCAUAUUGUUGUGCUUUGGAGCAUCCAACUCUGUUCGACUCGAAUGACAUGGACGAGUGUCUGAACGACCUCAACCCUGACGAGGAACCGCCAGCAAUCGACGAAUACUCGGUCAACAAGGGUUUGAUUGGAAAGGGCGUCAUUGACUUCCAAUCUGCAAGUAUGAAGAACUUGUCAGAUGCAAUCUGCUUGACUCACUGCACGAUGAUUUCUUUGCAGUUUCUAAGUGAGGACCCAAAUAGUUUACAAUAUGACGAAGUCCGCGCUUACAUGGACAGCAAUCUGAAUGACAACAAUGAGACAGCAUGGAGACCGUUAUUAAACGAGGUGUCCAAGACCUGUCAAAAAGCUGUCAAAGCAAUGAACCAAGUACAAGACAGAAUUGAAACUUCAGAUUACACCUGCUUCACAAAACCGUACUUAUACGUCCAGUGCAUCCUACACUACAUUCUUUUUAAAUGUCCAACACCAUCUGACAGAGCGUCAAGUGAUUUUUGCAAGACAUCCAUAUCAAGCUUGGGCCAGGAAUGCAAUCCUUUUGAUGAUAAUUGAUAUAUAAAAAUUUAAAAAAAACCUCUACUUGGC